CCGAUCCAUCUUGACCGACAGGUGGUGACAGUUAAGUACGCCGGGCGCGGCCAUGGCUUUGUUCACAAUCCUCACACACAGAAUCAGUCAGUAUUCUCUCCCCUUCAUCUCUAAUUGACCGCACAACUUCCCUUCUUCUCCUUUUUUUCACUUUUCUUCAUCACGCCUUCUUUCUCUCCGCCCUCUCACGACGGCGACGGAGUACGGCAGUUUCCUCUUCUCUCUAAACUCCGAAUUCCCUUGGGAGGGAAGCUACUCACACCCAAUUCCUCCCUCCCAUUCUUCCUACAUUCUCCAUUAUAUUUCUUCUCAAUGCCACACUUCCUCUCUUCGAUUGGAACUUGAUCUCAACUGCGCUCCAUCUCCACUCACGGAUCUUCUCACAGAGAGAGAAGCAUUCUAUGCUAGAAAACAAUGGUUCUAGUGGAAAGACUCCAUUGAAGCCCAUUAUCUACUUCCAGACUUGGAGAGUUGGUAUUACAUUUUUCAUUCUUGGAAAUUGCCUCAAUUUUAUUUCCUUUGGAUAUGCUGCCCAGUCUCUUCUUGCAGCACUUGGAUCCGUUCAGUUUGUGUCCAAUAUUGCUUUUGCAUACUUUGUACUCCACAAGAUGGUUACUGUUAAGGUAAUGGUUGCCACUGCUUUUAUUGUUCUUGGAAACGUUUUUCUAGUUGCUUUUGGCAACCAUCAGUCCCCUGUGUACACUCCAGAGCAGCUGGUGGAGAAAUAUGGAAAUAUAACUUUCCUUCUAUACUGCGUAAUUUUGAUCUUGGUUGUUGCUUUACAUCACUCAAUCUAUAGAAGGGGAGAACUGUUACUUUCUGUUUCUGGACAAGAUCUCAGACCAUAUUGGCAUAUGCUACUACCAUUUUCCUAUGCUAUAGUUUCAGGUGCAAUAGGCUCUUGCUCGGUCUUGUUUGCCAAAUCUCUCUCAAUACUGCUCAGAUUGGCCAUGUCUAGUGAUUAUCAGCUGCAUAGCUGGUUUACAUACUCUUUACUGCUUUUAUUUCUCAGUACUGCUGGAUUUUGGAUGGCCAGGUUAAACGAAGGACUUUCCCUGUUUGAUGCAAUCCUUAUUGUUCCCAUGUUUCAGAUAGCUUGGACUUUCUUCUCCAUAUGUACAGGUUUUAUAUACUUUAAAGAAUUUCAGGUGCUUGAUGCUUUGAGGACAACAAUGUUCAUACUAGGAAUGAUGUCUGUUUUCAUAGGCAUUUCUUUGCUAGCACCUGAUGAGCCGAGAGACUGUGACUUCAAAGAUAAUUCAUCUUUGGUUUCUGGGACGUCGACAAGCUUCACAUCAGAAGAAGAGAGACUAAUUGUGUCAUCCAAAGAAUUAGAAACUAAGGACGCUAGAUCAUUUUCACAAGGAUUCUUGUUAAAGAUUACAGAUGUAGUAGCCAAGGCGAAGGCUGCUUUAGCACUUUCUCUGGGUUUUGGAGAAGAUUCACUCAAUGCAUCUGCAAUACUUGUGAUGCCUAUGGUGUCAUCAAGGAUGACUGGCUUUAGAGGAACUGGGUUUGAGCGCUCAAAGUUUUUCUCCAUGAGGAAGCCUGAUUGGAGUAAGAUCUCAUUGGAUGAGGAUACGAAGGUGCUCGACACAAACAUAGGUUUCUCCCAAAACCUUUGAAUAGGAGUAGUAGUAAGAAAAAUUGGCUUGGAGUAUUAAACCAACGCCUUUUCUCUAUAGAUAUAGUAGUUAGAAUUCAAUAUACCAGUUACUGAGCAUGUUCUUACAUAGAAUUAUAACAGACAAUAUUGUAUAUUAUGGAGAACAAUUUUUUCUUAUAAAGCAAGAUAUUAUUUCUCA